CCCUACAUUUCCUGGUAGAGAUGGGCUUGGCCAAGAGCGUUUCAGUCACUCCAGCACCGCACAACACGCAUCUGGCUCCAGUGACAGACCAUCAUUCACCUAGUACCUGCAUCUUGCACACACCCAUCCAGAUGGAGAGCUCUCCACAGCCAAGCCUGCCAUCAGGGAAACAGCUGGAGGGUCCUAAUCAAACCCAGGACCCCGAUCCCCGCUCUCCUACCCUUGGCAUUGUGCGGACACCUAUGAAGACCAGCACCAGAGAACCUCCAAGCCCCCUGGUGAAGCAGCUGAGUGAAGUAUUUGACACCAAAGCCCUCAAAUCAAAUCUUUCCCCAGAGCGUGUUCUGCCCCUGGAGACACUUUCAUCUUCUGAAUUGGACUUGCCUCUGGGCACCCAACUAUCCCUUGAGGACCAGAUGCCACCUCUGAGCCAAACUGAGCUCUCCCCCAAACAGGUGUCUUCCAAGGGGGAAGCAGGACAGCCCACAGAAACCCCUGUGGCCAGCCAGCGCUCAGACAAGCCCUUGAGAGACCUGAGAAUCCCCAAUCUUCAGGUUCUAAGCAUAAUAGACAGAAGCCAAACGGCAAGGUACUAGUGAGAACCCCCCUCAGCAUCCUGCAGGAUGACAACUUCCCUGGGACCCUGACACCACGACAUGGUAAGCAGCCUUCUCCUCUGAGGGAAAAUGUUAGGGAACUAAAAGAAGGAGCCAUCCUGGGAACUGGAUGACUUCUUAAAACUGGAAGAUGAGUGUGGGAGCAAGGCCAGAACCAUAACAAUGAAAAUCAGUACUUUCCCUUGGUAGAGAGAGAGCCAAGCCCUGCUUGGCCCCAGCUCUGGAAUCACCUGGGGGCUAGUGAUGUCCUGUGUUCUCUCACCCCUUUUUCCCUGGGGCACUGAGAAACAGCUUGUUUUCUUUGACUCCCCCUAAACUACUAACUCUGAGACUGAGAGUUUCAUUGGGCUUUCUUUAUGUCUUGUAUAUUAAAGGAAGUGAUUUAAAUAUUUUUAAUUGUUAUAUGUAAAAAAAAAAAAGUAACACGCAUUCGAUGAGAAAACUAGGAAGGACACAAAGGGAAAAAGAAAAUCACCAGAAAUCCCAUGGCUCAGAUAUAAGCAUUGUUAUUAUCGGCUUUUGUUCCUCUGUUGUUGUUGUUAGGUUGCUGUCGAGUUGGUUCCGACUCAUAGCCAACCUGUGUACAACAGAACAAAACACUGCCUGGUCCUGCACCAUUCUCACAAUCAUUGUUAUGCUUGAACCCAUUGUUGUGGCCACUGUAUCAAUCCAUCUAGUUGAGGGUCUUCCUCUUUUUCGCUGACCUGCUACUUUACCAAGGAUGAUGUCCUCCAGGGACAUGUCCCUCCUGAUAACAUGUCCAAAGUACAUGAGACAUAGCUUCACCAUCCUUGCCUUUAAGGAGUACUCUGGCUGUACUUUUUCCAAGACAGAUUUGUUUGUUCUCUUGGCAGUCUGUGGUAUAUUCAAUAUUCUUUGCCAACACCACAAUUCAAAGGUGUCAAUUCUUCUUCAGUCUUCCUUAUUCAUUGUCCAGCUUUCGCAUGCACAUAAGGCAAUUGAAAACACCAUGGCUUGGGUCAGGUGCACCUUAGUCUUCAAGGUGACAUCUUUGAUUUUCAACCCUUUAAAGAGGUCUUUUGCAGCUGAUUUGCCCAAUGCAAUGCGUCUUUUGAUUUCUUGACUGCGGGUUCCAUGGGUGUUAAUUGUGGAUCCAAGUAAAAUGAAAUCUUUGACAACCUCAAUCUUUUCUCCGUUUUUCAUGAUGCUGCUUAUUGGUCCAGUUGUGAGGAUUUUUGUUUUCUUUAUGUUAAGUGUAAUCCAUACUGAAGACUGAUCUUUGAUCUUCAUCAGUAAGUGCUUCAAGUCCUCUUCUCUUUCAGCAAGCAAGGUUGUGUCAUCUGCAUAAUAAAGGCUGUUAAUGAGUCUUCCUUUAAUCUUUAUGCCCAGUGCUUCUUCACAGAGUCCAGCUUCUUGGAUUAUUUGCUCAGCAUGCAGAGUGAGUAGGUAUGGUGAAAGGGUACAACCUUUCCUGAUUUUAAACCAUGUUUUGUCCUUGACUCUAUACACUUGUUAUGUGGUUUACAAAUGUGGCUUACUGUGCAUAUUGUUUUGCAGGGUGCUUUUCUAGCUCAGCUAUAUAUAUAUGUGUGUGUGAAUAUGUAUUUUUUUUUUAAGUUUCCUGUCAAUAAAUAUUCUGUUAUUUUAAAAUGGAUGUGGUAUUUCAUGGUAUAAAUGUAACCAUGGUUUAGUAACCAAUCACUUUUAGAAAUAUCAUUAUGCAUCUCUGAUUUUUUCAUUAGGAUAAAUUUCUAGACACAGACUAGCUGAAUCAAAGAGUAUUUUGGUACUCUGUUCCCAUUUCCUGAAAC